AUGGAAGAGCUCACCGCGUUCGUGUCUAAGUCUUUCGAUCAGAAAGUGAAGGAGAAGAAGGAAGUGAUAACCUACAGGGAGGUGUUGGAGACCGGCUCCGCGCGAGCAGGGAGCAGGGAGUCUUUAUCUGGGGAGCCCGGGAGCCGAGAGGAGGCAGCGGCGGCAGCAGGAGGAGUCACCCGGAACGUGGCGCACUCGCCGGGCAGGGAAACGGACAUGCUCGGCCCGGAGAGGAUCAGGGACGCCGGGAGCCCCAAACUCAUAGACGGCACCACGGACGUGAAGGAAAGGAAAGAGGACUCGAAGCCCAUAGAGGACGAGGCACAGACUAAAAUUAAACAGAGGAGAAGUCGGACUAACUUCACGUUAGAGCAGCUCAACGAGCUGGAGCGGCUCUUCGACGAGACGCACUAUCCGGACGCGUUCAUGCGCGAGGAGCUGAGCCAGAGGCUGGGACUGUCCGAGGCCCGAGUACAGGUUUGGUUCCAGAACAGAAGAGCCAAAUGCAGAAAGCAGGAGAACCAGCUACAUAAAGGAGUCCUGAUUGGAGCAGCCAAUCAGUUUGAAGCUUGUCGUGUAGCGCCAUAUGUCAACGUGGGGGCUUUACGGAUGCCAUUCCAACAGGAUAGUCAUUGCAACGUGCCGCCCUUCUCCUUUCAGGUGCAGGCGCAGCUGCAGCUGGACAGCGCCGUGGCCCACGCGCAGCACCACCUGCACUCUCACCUGGCGGCGCACGCGCCCUACAUGAUGUUCCCUGCGCCGCCGUUCGGACUGCCCCUGGCGACGCUCGCGGCCGAGUCUGCCUCCGCUGCAUCCGUCGUGGCCGCCGCAGCCGCCGCUAAGAACACCAGCAAGAACUCCAGCAUCGCCGACCUGAGACUGAAGGCCAAAAAGCACACGGCCGCGCUGGGACUGUGACGCCAGGUGGCCGGGUGGACGCAAGCCGUGCACGCGCUAUCUGCCUCGUCCACGCGACCGAGAGAAUCUGAACACUUUCAAAGUGAGACAAUACAAGGACGAAGUGAGAAAAAAUUAUCCGAGGACGAUAUUUAUGAUUUUUUUAAAUGAAGGACGACAAUUAUAACUAAAAUAUAGGCUAUUUAUGAGAUAAAGAAAAGACUGAAAGAAAAAGACUGACGUGAUAGCCAACGCAGGGGUGAUUGUUUGACGGAAGGACAGCGAGGGCACGCGGGGAUCUUCUUCUCUGCAGCCGCAUGGCGGUAAACACUGAGGAAGAAGAAGAGGAAGCAACUGGGACGGUCGAUACUUUGUCAAACAAGGCGAACCAUUCUGCAGUUGUUUUAAUGUUAUAUUAUUAUUGUAAUGAAGACAUUUGAACCUUUAUAGAGGCUGGCCUCGUUCUAAAACACUUUCUCUGUAAAAAGACAGAGCAGGACAACAAAAAUGACAUUAUUCAAAGUGUUUCUCCCUCUUGUUUCUUGCCCAAAAUUCGAAAAAUGCCUAGCAUGAGUUUUUCUUCACUUCUUCCCCCUCUCUUAAUCUCUCUACUCUCUCUCCCCCCCCUCUUUCUCACUUUUACUCGUUUUUCUCCCCCCCUCUCUCUUUCCUUCCCCCUCUUUAUCAUCCUCUGUUUUCUGUCCCCCUCUCUGAGAAAGGGCAACUCUCACUUGAAUGUUUGGCCUAUCUGACCUUGUUUGGACCUCCUCUGGUAAAAGGUGAAACUAUAGGCAGAAAUGUGAGAUUAUAAUAUAUGUGUAGGCUAUGCUGAACUUUUUUUGUCAGGAUGACCGGAUCUAGUGUCCAUAUAAGGUGGUGAAUUGUCCCCUUUUAAAGGAUUACGUCAUAAAUGCCAUCGUUCACACAAGUGGAGCAAACAGGAGGACUGUAUGCGAACCGGUACGGGCACGUGUAAAAUAUGUUUAUACACAAGAAACAUGCAUUAUUUUUAUUAUUUAGUGGCUUUAUGAAUGCCUUGUGGGGAAUUUGUUCAUUUUUGUAUUUUACUUUGAUUCCGUGUAUUAAAAAAUCAUGUGCUUUCUGUAUGUAAUUUUGAUGUUUUUAUAACAGUGAAAGUGAUCUUACCUGAGGCACGUGUUUUUAAGAAAAAAGGGGAAAAGAGUAUUCAUGAGAUUGUUUUACUUUUUUCAUCACAUGUGAAACGUGAAUCCACACAGACAACAUGUUUUCGUUCUUACAAUAAAUUAACGAAAGUUUCUUUAA